AUGAGGAUUGUGAUUUCACUUCAAGCUGGUCGGCUGAAUCUUGAAAUUCCUACUAAUUUUGAUAAAAUCGUUCCCUCUCCAAAGCCUUGGAAAAAGUCUAAUGCCAAGAUUCUACAACUUGAUUCUAAACAAAUAAAUUCGAAAGUCUCCUGUACAGGUACCUUAAAUCAGCUCUUUACGUUGUCGAAAUCCAAAAAACCACUUGAGAAAUUUGAGUGUAACUUUUUUUGGUCGAAUUGUGUAGUGAUUUUUAUUGCAAAACAAGAUGGUAAUCAAUGGGUUUCUGAAUCUGAUGUGGAUGCUGCUGAAUUCAAGACCUCAGAAGAUCCUCGCGGUAAAUCUUCACGUAGUAGUACUGAGAUCACUUUGUAUAUUAAACAUGAUGCUACUGAGUAUUUAGAGAUUGACAACUCAAAGAACUAA